UGUGUGCCUGCUUGUGUAAUUGAUAAGAGCGGUGGUUUAUAUUAUAAGUAUUUUGGGUCAUAAGAUGCGACGUGUUGUGAGUAUUUUAAAAAACUAAAUCUAGCGAAUUAGUGUUCCGGCCAUCGAUUAAGUGUAGUAUAGUGCCAAAUACGCGUCAUUAUGCGUCAUUGUCAACUUCGGUUUGUUGGAAUUGCCAGAAACCUGCGAAACAAAUGAUUUGUGCCGACUGCGGCAGCUUGCAGGAUGUGGACAAUACAAUUAACUACUUUAAGCUGCUGGAUUUUCCCACACAAUUUACUUUGCAGUCUCAGCAGCUUACACAGCGUUUUCGCCAGUUGCAGUCGAGAGUCCAUCCCGAUAAAUACAGUAACAAGACAUCACGGGAGCAAACAAAUUCGGCAGAUUGGAGUUCGCUAAUUAACAAGGCUUAUAAAACGCUGUCUGCGCCUGUGGAACGCGGUCAAUACAUGCUACAGUUGGCUGGCGAAGAGAUGCCACAGGAUAAUAGUGCAUUGAACGCCACAUUUUUAAUGGCCAUGAUGGAGCGCAAUGAGGAGGUGGAGGAGGCCGAUAACAGCGCUGCACUGGAAAAGUUGAGCGCCAACAUUUCGCAAGAGCUUGAAGCAUUUGCCGAGAAGCUAACAACACAAUUUGAAGCCAAUGACUUGGCGGCGGUGAAGGCAACGCUUGUGGAAAUGAAAUAUUUGCACAGCAUACAAAGCAGUAUCAAAAAGAAACAGCAACAUUUGAUGUCUGCAUAGACAAAUCGAUUGGUUUUAAUCAUCGGUCAUCGAUAGGUUGCAGAGAACGCGAAGUUGGCUGUACCAAACGUCAACUGGACAAAGAAACAGCUGGCAGUUGACAACAACAAGGGUGGAUUCCAGUCAUGAUCGAUUUGUUAUGUAUAUUAAUGAAUGUGAUUAAAAAACCACACAGGUGAAUGCACCUGCUGAUAAGUGAAUACAACUUUGUUGUUGUUAUAAUAA